AUGUGGAAAAGGAUAACAAGUUCCCUUUUUCAACGAUUUACUCUUCCAUUAUAUCAUCGAAAGUUUCCAAUUAAAAAGUUAUCCAUUAAAAGGGAACUCUCAACGUUACAACCAAUAAAAAUGAGUAACACUUUUGCGCAACAUUUACAAAAAUUGUCCAUCAACGAUCCACCUGUCUUUGAAGGUUCUCACCCAGAGGCCAAUGUCGUUGAUUUGAUGAGAAACUACGUCGCUGAAGAACUUUCUAAAGUUUCUGGUGUUGAUGCCAAGCAAAUUUAUCCAGCAUUAGAGUGGACAAAUACUUUGGAAAGAGGUGAUCUUCUAAUUCCAGUGCCAAGACUAGUCAGACAAAAAGGUAUCAACCCAAGAGAAAUCGCACAAGAAUGGGCUGAAAAAUUCCCACAAGGUGAAUUAAUCAGCAACGUCGAAGCAAAUGGACCAUUUGUGCAGUUUUUCUUCAACCCACAAUUUUUAUUCCAUACCGUUGUCCCUGACAUUUUAACCAGAACCGAAGACUAUGGUGCUUGUAAAUAUGUGGAAAACAAAAAAGUGCUUAUUGAAUUUUCAUCUCCCAAUAUUGCGAAGCCAUUUCAUGCUGGCCAUUUGAGAUCUACCAUUAUUGGUGGAUUUUUGUCCAAUUUGUACGAAAAGUGUGGUUGGGAAGUCAUUAGAAUGAACUAUCUUGGUGACUGGGGUAAGCAAUUUGGUAUCCUUGCCGUUGGUUAUGAAAGAUACGGUGAUGAGAAAAAAUUAGCCGAAGACCCAAUUGACCACUUGUUCCAAGUUUACGUCCGUGUCAAUAAGGAUAUUGAACAAGAAAGUGAUUCAUUACCAGAAUCCGAAUCCACUGAUGGUCAAUCCCGUGCAUAUUUCAAGAGAAUGGAAGAUGGUGACCCAGCUGCUAUAAAACUAUGGCAGAAAUUCCGUGAAUUAUCCAUUGAAAAAUAUAUCGGCACUUAUGCUCGUCUAAACAUCCAUUAUGAUGUCUACUCUGGUGAAUCUCAAGUUUCAAAAGAAUCUAUGGAGAAAGCAUUAAAACUUUAUGACGAAAAGGGAUUGGUUCACAUUGAUAGAGGUGCUAAGUUGAUAGAUAUGACUAGAUUCAACAAGAAAUUGGGUAAAGUUAUUGUCCAAAAAUCUGAUGGUACUACUCUAUAUUUGACUAGAGAUAUCGGUGCUGCUAUUGAUCGUUACAACAAGUACCACUUCGAUAAAAUGAUCUAUGUUAUCGCAUCUCAACAAGAUCUCCACACCGCUCAAUUCUUCGAGCUUCUCAAACAGAUGGGAUUUGAAUGGGCCAAGAAUUUGCAUCAUGUCAAUUUUGGUAUGGUUCAAGGUAUGUCUACCAGAAAGGGUACCGUUGUUUUCUUGAACAACAUCUUGGAAGAAACCAAGGAUAACAUGCAUGAAGUUAUGAAGAAGAACGAAGUUAAAUAUGCUCAAGUGGAAAAUCCAGACGAAGUGGCAGAUUUGGUCGGUAUCUCUGCAGUCAUGAUUCAAGACAUGCAAGGUAAACGUAUUAACAACUACGAAUUCAAAUGGGAAAGAAUGCUUUCAUUUGAAGGUGACACUGGUCCAUAUUUGCAAUACGCUCACUCUAGAUUAAGAUCAAUGGAGAGAAAUGUUCCAGAUAUCACUGUCGCUGACAUGAAAAAUGCUGAUUUCAAACUUCUGCAAGAACCUGCUGCCAUUGCAUUGGUUAGAUUGUUGUCUCAAUACCCUGACGUUUUGAGAAAUGCUCUUAAGACUCAUGAGCCAACUACUGUGGUUACCUAUUUGUUCAAGUUGACUCACCAAGUUUCUUCUUGUUAUGAUGUCUUGUGGGUUGCUGGUCAAACUAAGGAGUUGGCUACAGUUCGUCUAGCACUUUAUGCUGCUACUAGACAGGUCUUGUUCAACGGUAUGAAAUUGUUGGGUUUGACUCCAGUCGAAAGAAUGUAA